ACGUCAUCAUUAGGCGACACUCAAUCCUUUACCUUGAGGAAGCUACAUGGCUUUUUAUUGGAUUAGGGAAUGUAGACGUAAUCAGUACGCGACACUCAACCCGGGUUUGUAUGUGUUUACCUCAGUUUAAAGGAGUUUUCCCGUGUUGGUGCUCAACAUGAGCGGGGGAUUGGCACCGAGCAAGAGCACAGUUUAUGUGUCCAACCUGCCCUUCUCUCUCACUAACAACGACCUGCACAAGCUCUUCACCAAAUACGGAAAAGUGGUCAAGGUUACAAUUGUAAAAGAUAAAGACACCCACAGAAGCAAAGGCGUGGCUUUCGUUCUAUUCCUGGACAGAGAAUCGGCUCAUAAUUGUGCGAGAGCGGUCAACAACAAGCAGUUGUUUGGAAGAACUGUGAAAGCCAGCAUUGCAAUCGACAAUGGUCGGGCGGCUGACUUUAUAAGGAGGCGCAACUACACGGACAAGAGCAGGUGUUACGAAUGUGGGGAUGUAGGACAUAUGAGCUAUGCGUGUCCCAAAAAUAUGUUGGGGGAGAGAGAACCCCCAAAGAAGAAAGAAAAGAAAAAGAAGAAAAAAGGUCAACAACCACAACAUGUUGAAGAAGAGGAGGAAAGUGAAGACGAAGGAGAAGAUCCAGCUCUUGACAGUCUUAGUCAAGCCAUAGCUUUUGAGCAAGCACGAAUUGAGGAAGAGGAACGGCGAAGGAAACAAACCGCUGUGCCGCGGGAUGCCAACGACGGCGAGCCUAGUGACUGAUGUGGACACCAUUGGGGACGCAUGGUGAAGACGUAAUUGUAUUUGUUGUGUUAGUUUUUACAGCUUCUUUUAUUAUGGAAUCAGUUUGGAGUAUCCAGUUGGACAGAUGUCUGUCUGCUAUUGUAAAUAAAAUAAUCGUGGGUUCUACA